AUGUUGCCCUCAGUAGCACCGUUCCCGCCAGUCCAGCCGCACCACCUUAGUUAUCGGCACGGUGCCGACGCUACAAACGGGCCUUACGACCGCAACACAUCAUUUCUCACGUCACUACCCCGCAGCGAUUUCGGCAAAGACUCGUUCCAGUCCGUAGCUCGAUCUCGGCUGCAAUAUCCGCAUCCUAUUCAACGCCUCGAGGUACCUGAUGCCACGGGUCUGGUACCUAGCCCGAAGAGUGCUGGCGAGCAUGCAUUACGAAGGAAAACACCGAACGGGACACUGGCGGCUGGGUAUGAUGGCACACCAGGGGAUACCACCAUUCAGCCCGCGAGCAAGCACCUCUUGGUCUCGCCGAUCGAUUCGGGCCACCUGAUACCGCCCCAUACAGGGUUCCCAGUGGAGACAUGGCAACAGGCCAAUUUGGAUCAGUCUUCAGCCGGGAAGCACAUGAAUUUCCCGCCCGUAUAUCGAAAUGAUUCGAGCCGAACUAAUGCAGGUCCAGCAGAGUUGACCCAAGGAAUGAAUGGCACCAGUUGGGUUCGUUCAUUGAACUAUGUUCCAGGAAUGGACUCCAUGCUGAAUCAGUCGCUACCAAUGCAGCCUUCCCAGCAGCGAUUUUACUGGCACAAUGGUGCCUAUGUUCCUACAGUUCUACCAGCGACACUCCAGCCCUGUGUCGGUCCUACCGCGUCGGCAGGAACGGGACCAUAUGGUCCAUAUUGGCCCGAUGGAGUGUAUAUCCCGUAUCGCCCAGCGGCGUUUCGGGAUGCCCGAUUCGACUCGCCCACUCCUUUUGCAAAGGCGACAAACCCACCCGCCCUUCAAUUAUUCGACGCAGGCCAACAGCCCUUCAGUCGGGGCGCUUUAUCUUCAGGCAGUCAUCCCGACCCGGGCCUGGCGUGGAAUCAGGCCCCUGCUGGAAUGGUCAACUCUGAGUUGUCCAUGAAGAAUAACUUUCCUCGGCGUCAUUCGGAGCAGAAAGUCGCUGGUCUGCCGGGCGGCCAGCGGACACUGCCGUACCAUACGCGCCAGUCUAAUCCUACCCCUGGCUUUUCGCAUCAGCAGGUCCACGACACAGGCCCGUCAUGGUCAGGUCCUCCAAAUACCCAAGGGGUCCAACUGGGCUCUACGGCAAGCCCACAGGCAACGAACGUGGAGUUCAAGGAGAAGGUGCUGACAUGGGCUCAUGGUGUUUACGUUGACCUACUGGCAUCCAUCCACCAAGCACGACGGAAUAGCAUCUCGACCGCGGCUGCUGAGGGACAGAGUCAGCGUUUUCUGAAACCGAGUAUAUACCCGAAACCACCGCGUCAGCCUGGUCUUGAUUUUUCCAACACUAAUACGCUGGAAUCGACUCGUCACAAUAACUACUCUUCGGGCCAGCAUGAUCUUGUUCAGAGGAACAACACCAUUGGCAACAUAGGCCACAAUGAUACUGCCAGCUUCCAGGCUGGCCGUCGGUAUGAACGUGCUUCACUGUCUCAGUUCCCGCAAGCUGCAACCGAUGUACAGAUGCUCGACAGGCUCCGCCACACUGGACGGUUUACUGCAUCCACGGCAACGUCUCGUUUCGGUGCCGCACCGUUGAACGAGGGUUCUAUAACAGCGAAUGCUGUUUCAUCUUUGGAGAUGCUAUCCCAUCUCUGCGCGGAGAGCGGUUGGGAAUGGAUUGAUGGGAUGCUUCUUGGAGGCUGUCUCGCUUAUGGGCUUGGAGAUUACCAUAAGGCCAUGCGUUGGUAUACUAGAAUCAUCGCUCGAGAUGCAACGCAUGUGGAAGCGAUAUCCAAUCUUGCGGCCACCCUUCUGGCGCUGGAUCGCCGAGAUGAGGCCCUGCAACAUUGGCUUCGUGCCGUUAAGCUCCGCCCGAGUUUCUUUGAGGCGGUAGAGCACCUGAUCGGUCUUUUGUGCAGCAGCCAACGUGGCAAGGAAGCAGUCAACAUCAUUGAGUUCGUGCAGAAUUCCAUACGCUCCCCUAAGAACGGCGAUUGUUUCGCGUCCGACGAACACGCGAGUGAACCUGAGAGCGACGCGGAGAGCAGAGCGUCGAGUGCGUCCGAUUUGGGUUCCUAUGAGAAAGCGUCCUUUGAUUACGAUGACGACUUUGGUCGGUCAGUUGCCACAAAUCGGGGCUCGGCAGAUGUUGGCUCGGCUGGAUUUGGUUCCAGCGGCUACGCCAUACCUGGCUGUGAUAAUGGCAGAAUGCUGGCUCUCGUCCACGCAAAGGGAAAUAUGCUAUAUGCCCUAGGUGACAAUGCUGCAGCUGCCGUAGCCUUUGAGGAUGCUAUUCUGAUUGCAGCUGGAAGGAGGCGUCAUGGUAUACAAAGCCUGAUCAAGCAGAUAUUCUCGGCCUUCAUGCAGGGUACGCAUCACGGCUACCCCGGCCCAGAGCAACGUGAGCAACAGGAGACCAUUCUCCUGUAUCCAGACCAUGCUCUGCAAACCGCAAAGUUGGUCUUUGCUCCCUGCGGAACACCCCCGGGGAUCAAAUAUGUGCCGGAAGGUCUGGCAAGAAAGGCCGCUAUAUCUACUACCAGCAACUCGUUGCUCUCUCUGGCCAAGAUAUACCAAGACGGCAUGUCUAAUAUCUCCAGCUCCGGCGUUCCAAGAUCUGCUCCGGGCGUUCGGGAUAUUCUAGCACUCUAUUAUCUUUCCCUUUCUCUUCAGCCAAGUCCAUCCACCGCAAAUAAUGUGGGUAUCUUGCUGGCUGGUAUUCAGAACAAUGCCCCCAAGAAAGUUCUACCACGUCCAAGCGGAGAGAUGCAGCAUCCUGAAAUACCCGGUGUAAUUCCUGGCACGGGAAUAUCGUUAGCUCUCGCGUAUUACAACUACGGUCUACACCUCGAUUCGCGACAUGCCCAUCUUUACACAAAUCUUGGAAGCCUGCUCAAGGAUAUUGGCCAGUUGCAAGCGGCUAUCCGAAUGUAUGAACAGGCCGUUCAUUGCGAUAGUAACUUUGACAUUGCGCUGGCGAACCUGGCGAACGCAGUCAAAGAUGCCGGUCGCGUUAACGAUGCUAUCGUCUAUUACAAGCGUGCCGUCAAAGUGAAUCCGGAAUUUGCUGAGGCAGUGUGUGGCCUAGCCAACGCUCUCAAUUCUGUCUGCAACUGGGUUGGCCGCGAAUACCCUCUGACCAAGUAUCGGCGACCGCAGCUUCCCUCUGGCCUGACGGCGCCAAAUGCGCCGACAGUCCUGCCUUUCCAUACCUUCACCUGCCCGCUGUCAGCGAAGCAGAUCCGGCAAAUUUCGCAGCGGAAUGGGCUUCGUAUCUCUUGUUCCACCUUGCGUUCGCCGUGGCUGCCUGCUACUGUUUUCCCUCCGCCUCCCCCACCGCACCCUUACAUCAAGGUCGGGUACGUGUCAUCAGACUUCAACAACCACCCGCUGGCCCAUCUGAUGCAGUCCGUCUUUGGACUGCACAAUCCUUCUCGGGUGAAAGCAUACUGUUACGCUACGACCGUGAGCGACAAGUCGAUCCAUCGCCAACAGAUCGAGAAAGAAGCGCCGGUAUUUCACGAUGCUAGUGGAUGGCCCGUCGAUCGACUCGUCAGACAAAUUGUGGAAGACGGAAUCCAUAUCCUCAUCAACCUGAAUGGGUACACCCGUGGUGCCCGGAAUGAGGUCUUUGCUGCUAGGCCCGCUCCAAUCCACAUGUCUUUCAUGGGCUUUGCGGGGACUCUUGGGGCGGAAUGGUGCGAUUACAUCCUUGCGGACGAGCUCUCUAUUCCCCCCGAGACCCUUUCCCCUGGACGGCGCAACAUACGGAUGGAGGAUCGGCUACUCGAAGAAGACCACGGUGAGGAUCUUGAGAACUGGGUGUACGGCGAGAAGAUUGUUUAUACUCGCGACACCUUCUUCUGCUGUGACCAUCGGCAAAGUGCUCCGGAUGCUCAAGAUCCUCGCCUGGCUUGGGAUCAGGAGCAGGCCCGACGGUGGCGCAUGCGUAAGGAACUGUUUCCAAAUCUGAGCGAUGACACCAUCAUACUUGGGAAUUUCAACCAGUUGUACAAGAUUGAACCCACGACUUUCCGCACUUGGCUACGCAUCCUGGCACGGAUCCCUAAUGCCGUCCUCUGGCUCCUCCGCUUUCCCGACCUCGGUGAACAGAACCUUCGUGAGACAGCCGUUGCCUGGGCUGGGGAGGAAACAGCAUCUCGGAUCAUCUUCACCGACGUUGCACCCAAGAACACGCACAUCUCGCGAGCAAAGAUCCUGGAUCUGUUCCUCGACACGCCAGAAUGCAAUGCUCAUACGACAGCGACCGAUGUGUUAUGGAGUGGCACGCCCCUCUUGACCCUGCCUCGGUACAAGUACAAAAUGUGCUCGCGUAUGGCAAGCAGCAUUCUGAGCAGUGCUCUGCCGAAGUCUGACGCAGGCCGCGAGGCUCAGUCGGACUUGAUCGCCAUGUCGGACGAAGACUAUGAGAAUAAGGCCAUUCGCCUGUGUCUCAGUCUGAAGUACCAGCCUGGUGGACAAGGUCAUGCGACGGGCAGGUUAGCCGACCUGCGCCGGAUGCUGUUCGAGGAGCGGUGGUCCAGCAGGCUUUUCGAUACGAAGCGUUGGGUUCGUGAUCUUGAGGACGCCUACGAACGAGUUUGGCAAAGAUGGGUGAAUGGCGAAGAAGGCGAUAUCUGGUUAUGA